CCACCAGCAAAUAUAAUAUAUACUCUGUUCAGGUGUUGGAUACAGUGUACGUGCACAGCGUUUUCAAGUGGAUAAACAAAUUGUUGAACGACAAUUUUUCUUGUGCGAAAUUAUUACAGUAUUUAAGUUGUUUAAGUGUUAAAUCAAAAAAAUAAAUUUGAAAAAAUGAAGAUUGUAUUAGUCAUUCUCGUUGUCAUCUCCAUUGCCAAUGCUCAAAUCAGACCCAUUGGAGUGUCGUCAAGGGACCGUGACGCUGUCAUACUUAAACAAGUAUAUGAACCAAACCCAGAUGGUUCGUAUGUAUACAGUUAUGAAACCAGCAACGGAAUCCGAGCUGACCAACAAGGAUACCUUAAGAAUCCUGGUACUCAAGUAGAAGCUCAGGUCAUGCAAGGAAGUUACAGCUAUACCGGCCCUGAUGGCAUUGUUUACACAAUUACAUACAUUGCUGAUGAAAAUGGAUUCCGCGCUGAAGGUGCUCACAUCCCUACACCACCACCAGCAAUUGCUCGCCAGGCACCUCGUUUUGGAUUUAAAUAAAGAUUUUUUUUCGAAAUUAAACUGCCAGUAUUCCAAAUAAGAUACCAUAGCGCCAACGAAUCGAUAUUAUAAAAUGCGCCUAUCAUUUUAAUCUAAAAAAAGUUCUUUUCCACAUCGACAUUUAUUUCAUAUUUAUAUCAAUUUAUGCAUUACUAUUACUGUGAUCUUUUCCUUAAAAUCAUCAACAUUAUUAUAAACGUAUACGAAAGCGAAAUUCUACAUAUUGUAAAUAAAUGAAGAAAUAAAAAUUGAAAUUUGUUCAGUAAAA